AUGAUUCGAUCACCAAAUGGCAAUGAAUCAAAAUACAACUCACAACCAGACUUGUCCAGAAGGACGGAAGAAGAAAGUAAUGUUAGUAUCCGUAAAAGAAAAAAAAUGGACCACGACUGUGACUGCAAAGCUGAGAUACAAGGACUACGCAGUGAGGUAUCGCGUAUGAAUAAUCUAUUAGAAAAUUUCGUUAUAUCACAGGAGAAAUUAAUGACCGAUAUGCGUGAAAAUAUAAAAACAUUGAACGAAGAGAUCAAAGAUAUCAAAUCCUCGACUUCGAGGAUAGUAAAAGACCAGGACAACAUCAAAGGAUGUAUAACAGAUUUAAAUAGCAAAUUUUCUACGCACGAAGACAGGCUCACUUGUCUUGAAGGUAGUCUCAAGACAUCUACCACUACUACCAUUGAUUCAUCAGAGCCGAAUCAGUUGAGGAAAUAUGAAGAAAUAAUUCAGGAAAUUAAAGAGAGAAAAAAGAGAGAAAAAAAUAUUAUUAUAGUUGGCAUAUCAGAACAGACUGCUACCAGUACUGAGGAGAGGGUUGCAAAAGACGAAGCUGAGGUUUUAAACAUAACAGCCGUGGUUACAGAGGUGCCUAAGCUGACUGCUCACCACGUCUUACCAAAUUUAAUCCUAAAGAAACACUGCACACAAGUGUUUAGUCAAUCUGUUGGAGUGGGCCUUGCGUGUCUGGCAGAAUUGGGAGCUAUUGAUAAGAGCAGUGUUGAGACAGCGGACCUCCUAUUGUUUUUCGAUGACCUAUUUGACAGCGUGAAUGGUAGUUACAGCGAAAUUGUAGGAAGAAAAAAGUAUCGUGCUGCAGUAACUUCAACUUCACCGCAUCACAAUUUGUGGAAUUAUAGUAUCCCAAUCCUCAAAAGUAUGAAAUUUUUUGAUCCUAAAUGUGAAAAAGAUGAUAGUGUUUGUCUCCAGUUCUUAAAAUGUUUUAACGAAUCCUAG